AUAUCUUAGAAACUCAAAAAACUCAAUGGCAUAACUUAGAAAAAUCCAAUAAAAUAAAUUUUAUACUCCCCUUUAAUUUUUGCUACGUUUCCACUUCCUCCUCUCUCCAAAUCAUUUCCUCAUUUUAACAAAUUUAACUUUUUCUCUCUAGUUUGUUUACUCUUUGUCGUUUUCCCUCUCUUCAUGUGCUCAUAAACCCAGAAUAUAUCUUACUAGUACUUAAAACCACCCCACGCUACUACCAAUCUCAAGAACUUCCUCAACCCAAAAAAAUAAUUUUAUAAUAAAAAAAGAGUUGAUUUUAUUUUCAUUUGAUUGGGAAAAAAAAUGGAGAGAUAUGAAAUAGUAAAAGAUAUUGGGUCUGGAAAUUUUGGUGUUGCUAAGCUUGUUAAAGAUAAGUGGACUAAUGAAUUUCUUGCUGUUAAGUUCAUUGAAAGAGGUCAUAAGAUUGAUGAACAUGUGCAAAGGGAAAUAAUGAAUCACAGCUCUUUAAAGCAUCCCAAUAUUAUUAGAUUCAAGGAGGUUUUGCUUACUCCGACACAUCUUGCAAUAGUAAUGGAAUAUGCUUCAGGUGGAGAACUCUUUGAACGGAUAUGUAAAGCUGGUAAAUUUAGGGAGGAUGAGGCAAGGUUUUUCUUUCAGCAACUAAUAUCCGGAGUCAGUUACUGUCAUUCGAUGGAAGUAUGUCAUAGAGAUCUUAAGCUAGAAAACACACUCUUAGAUGGAAGUGCUGCACCACGAGUCAAGAUAUGCGAUUUUGGUUACUCCAAGUCUUCAGUGUUGCAUUCCCAACCAAAAUCUGCAGUUGGAACACCAGCCUAUAUUGCACCAGAAGUGUUAUCCAAAAGAGAGUAUGAUGGGAAGAUUGCAGAUGUUUGGUCUUGUGGUGUCACUUUAUACGUUAUGCUGGUUGGAGCUUAUCCCUUUGAAGAUCCAACUGACCCAAAAAACUUCAAGAAAGCCCUCGUUCGGAUACUUAAUGCACUAUACUUGGUCCCUGAUAAUGUUCCGAUAUCCCCUGAGUGCAGGCACCUUCUAUCUCGUAUCUUUGUGGCCAACCCAGAGAAGAGAAUAACAAUUCCAGAAAUUAAAAACCAUCCUUGGUUUUUGAAAAACUUACCAGUGGAGCUUGGGGAAGGUGGAAGUUGGCAAAGCAAUGAUAUUAAUCAACCACCCCAAAGCGUCGAAGAGAUACUGUCUGUAAUUCAGGAGGCACGACAACCCCAUCAGCCACCUAAUAUUACAAGCGGACUGCUUGAUUGUGGUAGCAUGGAUUUUGACGAUGUGGAUGCAGAUGUAGAUCUUGAUUACAUGGAAAGUAGUGGUGAAUUUGUAUGAUUAUGAUGAAUCAUUUACAGUGUUACAAAAAUGUAUCAUAUGUAAAUCAUAAACACUUUUGCCCUCAUGAGUAAUCGAGCAUGAGUGUUGUGCAAAGAAAAUGACCGAAUGAGGCAAUAUAUAUUUGUCGCGUUCAUAUGUGUAAUUUCCAUACCAAUGGAACCAAGAUCUGUCAUGACUUUAAUCAUCAAUAUACUCAGUUGUCACA